AUGCUCUUCCUAAACUUAUUAACAUUAUCCACUGCUGCUUUAGCUGCUGACACUAUUCGUCUUCAAAAUUGGAAUCUUAGAUUUGAUUCAAAACAUGAUGGUAUUUCUGUUGAAGAUACAAUCAAAUCAUUGAAUAGCUCCGUUCCAAAUGAUGAUGAAGUCACUUAUUAUGCUGAUUAUGGUGAAGAAUCCUGGUCAAAACGCCGUAUCGGUAUUGCUAAUGAUGUUAUUUUCAACAAGGCCCAUAUUUUCAAUGUCAAUGAAGCUUUGAAAAGACAAGUUGAUGAUUUACAAGAUUUAUUAUCCAAAAUUAGUGGUACCAAUUGGUCUUAUGUCGGUGUUGGUAGAGAUGAUGGUCAUGAAAAAGGUGAAUAUGAAGCUAUUUUCUUUGAUCCAAAUCAUAUCAAAGUUCAUGAUUUCCACACAAUUUGGUUAUCAAACUCUCCAUUUGAACCAUCUCAAUACCCAGGUGCUGGUUCUUAUAGAUCUGCUACAAUUGGUCAUUUGCAAACUAAAAAGGGAACAAACUUCACAAUGAUUAAUUGUCAUCUUGAUGAUAAAUCUGAUGAUCAAAGAAAAUUAGGUGCUUCAAUGUUAAGACAUAUUGGUGCUUAUGAAUAUAUGAAUUCUGAUGGUCCAGUUUUCCUUACUGGUGAUUUCAAUUCAAAAUCUGAAGGUGAAACUUCAGGUGCUUACAAAAUUGCUACAGGUUCUGCUCCAUUAGUUUCAAUGAAUUCAACAUUUGUUGAGAAAUACAACUCUGAUAUCAGUGAUUCAUUCACUUGGGGUGAUUUAUAUGGUCAAGUUGAUCCAUUAAGAAGAUUAGGUCAUUUCUCAACUUGGGAUGGAUUCAAAAAAUGGGGUGAUGUUAACGCUUUAGGUGGUAGAAUUGACUUCCAAUUUGCUGGUAAACCAAAUAGUAAUGCUAAAAAUGUUCCAAACAAAUAUCACAAAGCUUUAACCCACAAAGUUGGUGAAACUUUUUAUGAUUUGGAGUGGCAUUUAAGUGAUCAUAGACCAGUUAUUAGUGAUAUUAGCCUUGCCUAA